AUGGACGGCGCGGCGCAGAAUCGACCCACGCAGCCUGCGCCGCAACAACAGGCGUCCUUGAUCCGCCCUGAGCAAGUUCAGAGAUUGCCUCAGCUCAACCCUACCCAGAAACAACAGUUUGAACAAGGCGUGAGGAGGUUCUGGGAGGUUCUUAAUACCACACCUCAAACGGAUCCCAAAUACACCGAAGCGUACACAAACCUUGUCAAGACCUCGAGCCAACUCAUGGCGGGAAUGAAACAAUGGCAGCAGCGCAAACAAAUGGCUCAACAACACGCUGCACAACAGCAGGCCUCGGCACAGGCACAGGCUCAGGCCCAGGCCCAGGUUCAGGCUCAGGCACAGGCACAAGCGCAGACGCAACAACAACCGCACCCACAAGCACAGCCACCUAGAGUGACAGGCCAACCUGGCCAAGCACAAGCCGGCGCCGGACCCAGCCAGAGCGGCGGUAGCGCUGUCCAGUUCAGUCAGCUCUUGCCGGAGAUCCAACGAAAAGUCAACGAACAGCACUUUUACUACCCUCCGGCAAUGACCAAGGGCACCGAGUCUGCUGAAGUGUGGUUGCGCGAGGCAAAGGCGCGGUUGGGUCAAGCCUUGCAGAGACUUCAAGUCGCCAAGCAAAAGAAGGCUGAGUUUCAGCGGCAGGCCCAGCAACGACAAACAGCAGGGAAUCCGUUGACAGCAGCGGAAACGGAGGUUUACAACAAUAAGAUUGCGCAGUGCGACCGGGCAGUCAAUGAAAGUACCUCGUUCAUGAAGAAGUUCAAUGAGCAGCAGGAACAAUUUCGAGCCGCGCAACCUCAACAUCAGUUCUCGAAACAAGCUGUACCAGUUAGUGAAGGAGUGGACACAACUGCCGCACCUCUUAUGCAACCUAGUGUACAAGGCCCUACUGCCCACUCCAUCAGUAGUGCAGUUUCUGCUGCGCGUAACCAAGCAAGCGCCUCACAAGCUCAAUCUGGCAGCCCAACGGCACCUGCACCUCAAAUCGGUCCCAAUACUGGAGUAGGUACUUCUCAGACUCCCGUUUCGGCGACCCAGGCGCAGUUUCCCCAAGCUGGUCAGGGAGAUACAUCUGCAGGCCCUCGUCCACCGUCCCAUCAAGGUCAAACUAUGCCUCCUCUACAACACGCUGCGUCCGCGGGCGUCCAUCCUCACCCACUCAAUACCAGCAUCAACGGUAUCAAGACAGCCACACCCAACAUUACCAAGAAUCUACAAGUUCCCGAGCCCAAGCCCGUGGCCAUGCCUCCGUCUCGACCAACCUUGACCGGCGGGGCAGGGGUGGGACUACCCGGCCAGCUUGCGCAGCCUGCCAUUACCGCAUUGCCUGGAUACGUGUUGGAGUCGAGUGAGGAUGGAAGAAUUCUAUCCAAGAAGAAGUUGAACGAAUUGGUGCGCGAGGUUUGCGGCCCUGGUCCGGACGAACAGCUGGAUCCUGAAGCCGAAGAAAUAUUCCUUGCAAUUGCCGAUGAUUUCGUUGACGAGCUUGUCUCAUCAGCGUGCAAACUUGCAAAGCUCCGCGGCUCAUCAAGCCUAGAAUUGCGCGACAUUCAGAUCGUUCUCGAGCGCCAAUACAACAUCCGUGUGCCGGGUAUUUCAACCGACGAGAUCCGAACAGUGCGACGACCACAACCUGCGCCCGGGUGGGCACACAAAAUGAGUGCAGUCCAAGCUGCCAAACUGACAGGUGGCGCAACCGCUACGGCUGCGACUGGGACCGGUGGAAAGGAGAACUGA